AUGGCCUCCUCCGACUUCUUCCGCGAACCGUUCACGGUCAACAGCAAGAACGUCGUGUACACCGACGACGAGAUCACGUCGCAGUACACGUACACUACCACGCGUGUGGAGGGCACUGUGGCUACUCCCGUGGAGGAGAAGUUCACGUUCAAGACGCAGCGCAAGAUCCCCAAGCUCGGCGUUAUGAUCGUGGGUCUGGGCGGCAACAACGGCUCCACGCUGCUGGCCAGUAUCAUCGCCAACAAGCACCACAUCACAUGGAACACCAAGGAGGGCGUGCAGGAGCCCAACUACUUCGGCUCCGUCACGCAGGCCUCGACUGUGCGUCUCGGCACCAACGCUAAUGGUGAGGGAGUCUACAUCCCGUUCCACAACUUGCUGCCUAUGGUCUCGCCCAACGACCUGGUCAUCGGCGGCUGGGACAUCUCGUCGCUCAACAUGGCCGAGGCCAUGAAGCGCGCCAUGGUGUUGGACCACGACCUGCAGCGCCAGCUGGUGCCGCACCUGGAGAAGAUCAAGCCGCUGCCGUCGAUCUACUACCCGGACUUCAUCGCCGCUAACCAGGCCGACCGCGCUGACAACCUGCUUAAGGGCUCCAAGCAGGAGAACCUGGAUGCCGUGCGUCAGCAGAUCCGCGACUUCAAGCAGAGCAACAACCUCGACAAGGUCAUCGUGCUGUGGUCUGCCAACACGGAGCGUUUCUCCGACAUUGUUGAGGGCGUCAACGACACGUCGGCCAACCUGCUUGAGUCCAUCAAGGCCGGAGAGGCUGAGAUCUCGCCCUCCACCAUCUUCGCGGUGGCUUCGAUCCUCGAGGGGUGCUCGUACAUCAACGGUAGUCCGCAGAACACGUUCGUGCCUGGCGUUCUGGACUUGGCUGAGGAGAAGAAGGUGUUCGUGGGCGGUGACGACUUCAAGUCGGGCCAGACCAAGAUGAAGUCGGUGCUGGUGGACUUCCUCGUGUCGGCGGGUAUCAAGCCCACGUCUAUUGUGAGCUACAACCACUUGGGCAACAACGACGGCAAGAACCUGUCGGCGCCGCAGCAGUUCCGCUCCAAGGAGAUCUCCAAGUCGAACGUCGUCGACGACAUGGUGGCCUCCAACCGUCUGCUCUACAAGGAGAACGAGCACCCGGACCACGUUGUGGUCAUUAAGUACGUGCCGUUCGUGGGCGACAGCAAGCGCGCUCUGGACGAGUACACGUCCAAGAUCUUCAUGAAUGGUAACAACACCAUCUCCAUGCACAACACGUGCGAGGACUCGCUGUUGGCGUCGCCGCUGAUUCUUGAUCUGGUGCUCGUGUGCGAGAUCGCGGAGCGUAUUACGCUUAAGAAGGAGGGCGCCAAGGAGUUCGAGCACAUGCACUCGGUUCUGUCGAUCCUCAGCUACAUGCUGAAGGCUCCCCUCGUGCCCCGUGGCACGCCCGUGGUCAACGCGCUCUUUGCCCAGCGUGAGUGCAUGAUCAACAUCUUCCGUGCCUGCGUGGGCCUCGCCCCCGAGAGCCACAUGCUGCUCGAGAACAGACUGGCCAGCGAGAUCAACGCGCGCCAGUAA